AUGUCCAAGCAAAAGAAGGAAGUUGUUGACGAAGAAUUGGCUGAUUUCGAAGAAACUGAAACCAUCAAGCCAACACCUGCUACAGACAAAAAGCCUGCAGCAACUAAAGGUUACUCUUCGGUUAACAGCUCUGGUUUCAGAGACUUUUUAUUAAAGCCUGAGAUCUUGAGAGCCAUUGCUGAUUGCGGCUUUGAACAUCCGAGCGAAGUACAACAUGAAUGUAUUCCUCAAGCCAUGACUGGUAACGAUGUUCUUUGCCAAGCCAAGUCUGGUAUGGGUAAGACCGCUGUAUUUGUUAUUUCUGUUCUUCAACAACUCCAAGUAGAAGAACAAAAGACAAUGUGCGUCAUCUUGUGCCAUGCUAGAGAAUUGGCUUUCCAAAUUUGCCAAGAAUUCAGCAGAUUUACUAAAUAUCUUCCAGAAGUUAAAGUUAAAUCCUUCAUUGGAGGCUUGCCAAUCAAGAAUCAUAUCGAUCAAUUGAAGCAAGAAACUCCACAUAUUGUGGUUGGUACUCCUGGUAGAGUCUUACAAUUGGCAAAGGGUGGACAUUUGAAACUCGGCAAUGUAAAAUUCUUCAUUGUUGACGAAUGCGAUAAGGUUUUGGAAUCAACCGAGAUGAGAGAUGAUAUGCAAGAGAUCUUCAAGAAGACACCUAAAAACAAGCAAGUCAUGAUGUUCAGUGCAACUCUCUCACAAGAGAUGCGUAACACUGCAAAGAAAUUCAUGAACACCUCUGCUUUGAACGAGGUCACAGUGGACAGUGACUCUAAACUCACCCUUCACGGACUUCAACAAUACUAUGUUAAUCUCAAGGAAGAUGAAAAGAAUAGCAAGUUGAUCAGUUUGUUGGACGCUCUCGAGUUCAAUCAAGUUGUUAUCUUUGUUAGAACUAAGCAUAGAGCAGAAAAGCUCAAGGAACUUUUGGAAAAGAUUGGUUUCCCAUGUAUCACCAUGCACUCUGACAUGACGCAAGAGGAAAGACUUGCUAAAUAUCAAUCAUUCAAGAACUUUGAAAAGAGAAUUAUGAUUAGUACUGAUUUGCUAGGUCGUGGUAUUGAUAUCCAACGUGUGAACAUUGUCAUCAAUUACGAUAUGCCUGAUGAUCCAGACUCUUACUUGCACAGAGUUGGUAGAGCUGGCAGAUUUGGUACCAAGGGUUUGGCCAUUUCCUUCAUCUCUCCUGACAUGCCAUCCAAGGUCGGCAAAAAAUUCGAAAGAGAAGUCACUGACGAGCAAGUAUUACAAAACAUUCAAAAUCGCUUCGAAGUUAAGAUUAAGGACAUGCCAAAUCAAAUCGAUUCCAAGACAUACAUGACUUCAUAA